AUGGAUACUGAAUUGUACGACGAGUUUGGCAAUUAUAUCGGGCCAGAAAUCGAAAGCGAUGAGGAAGAAGAAGAAGAACAAUAUGAUGCUUCAGCGAAACCUGAAGAAGUGGUCGAAAUAGAUCAAGAAGAGUCUAUGGAGACCGAAGGCGCAGUUUUAGAAGUAAAUUCUGAACAAGCGGUUGUUUUGCAUGAAGACAAAAAAUACUAUCCAACGGCAAAGGAACUGUAUGGCCCUGACGUUGAGACGGUUGUCCAGGAAGAAGACACACAACCACUAACGGAACCAAUCAUCAAACCGAUUAGGCAGAAAAAAUUUCAAGCCGUUGAACAAGACCUUCCCAACACUGUCUAUGAAAAAGAAUAUCUCGCUGAUCUAAUGGAUUGCCCUCUGUUGGUAAGGAAUGUCGCAUUAGCUGGUCAUCUGCAUCACGGAAAGACUAGUUUCGUCGAUUGUUUGAUCGAACAAACUCAUCCAGAUUUUGUUCGCAAGUCGGAAGCUGAUACUAGAUAUACCGAUGUGCUUUAUACAGAACAGGAGCGGGGUGUCAGCAUCAAGGCUAUGCCGGUCACUUUAGUAAUGCAAGACUCGCGGAGCAAGUCCUAUCUGCUGAACAUUUUUGACACACCCGGCCAUGUUAAUUUUUCGGACGAAGUCGUUGCUGCAUUCAGAUUAUGCGAUGGCGUUAUGAUCCUCGUGGAUGCUCAUGAAGGAGUAAUGCUGAAUACCGAAAGAGUGAUCAAACUAGCCAUUCAGGAGAAAAUGCCCAUAACACUGUGCAUCAAUAAAAUCGACCGCCUCAUACUAGAGCUGAAAUUGCCGCCAACAGAUGCAUAUUACAAGAUUCGGCAUAUUCUCGACGAAUUGAACAAUCUCCUCGCAUCAUUUUCUGACGAUCCUGAAGAAAUGUACCUUUCUCCAUUGAAAGGCAACGUCUGCUUUGCCAGCAGUCGGUACAAUAUUUGUUUCACGCUGUUUUCAUUUGCCCAGUUAUACUCAAAUGUCUAUGGAGAAUUUAAUUCAGCGGAGUUUGCCAAGCGAUUGUGGGGGGACAUCUACUUUAACCAGAAAACGAGGGGUUUCGUUCGAAAGCCACCCAGUUCUAGUUCUCAACGCUCUUUUAUCGAGUUCAUUCUUGAGCCUCUGUAUAAAAUAUUCUCACAGGUUGUGGGUGAUGUGGAUUUUGCCUUGCCACGCAUUAUUGACGAACUCGGCAUUCGGUUGGCGAAGAAAGAGCAGAAACUAAACAUUCGGUCGCUUCUGUCACUUGUUUGUCGGCGAAUAUUUGAAGAUUUCACGAGUUUCGUUGACGUCGUUACCACCAACAUUAAAUCUCCUGUGGAAAAUGCGCGGAACAAGGUCACUCACAAUUACACUGGAGUUCUAGAAGGAGAAAUAGCCAACGGCCUCUUGUCUUGCGAUCCAGAGGGCCCUCUUAUGGUGCACACGACAAAAAACUAUGCCACCUCUGAUGCCACAAGCUUUCACUUAUUUGGCCGAGUUUUCUCUGGUACUUUGCACGUGCAACAGGAUGCUAAAAUUUUGGGCGAAAGCUAUUCAAUCGAGGACGAAGAGGAUUCUCGAGUGAUGACCGUAGGUCGUCUAUGGAUUUGUGAAGCGAGGUACAAUAUUGAAGUGAAUCGCGUUCCUGCAGGUAACUGGGUAUUAAUCGAAGGCAUUGAUCAGCCUGUCGUUAAAACGUCAACGAUCACUGACGUGUCACUGAACGAAGACGUUUACAUCUUUCGGCCGUUGAAGUUCAACACAAGGUCAGUAAUUAAAGUGGCUGUUGAGCCGGUAAAUCCGUCAGAGCUGCCCAAGAUGCUGGACGGCCUUCGCAAGGUGAACAAGUCAUACCCAUUGCUGACGACGAAAGUUGAGGAGUCAGGGGAGCACGUGGUGCUAGGCACUGGCGAGCUGUACUUGGACUGUGUUAUGCAUGAUCUCAGGAAAGUCUUCUCUGAAAUAGACAUCAAAGUGGCCGAUCCGGUCGUCUCGUUUUGUGAGACUGUCGUAGAAACAUCAUCUCUAAAAUGCUUUGCAGAAACCCCCAACAAGAAAAAUAAGCUAACCAUGAUUUCUGAGCCGUUGGAGAAAGGAUUGGCGGAGGACAUUGAGAACGAGAUCGUUCAGAUCACUUGGAAUCGGAAAAAGCUUGGUGAAGUUUUUCAAACCAAGUAUGACUGGGAUUUACUGGCCGCGAGGAGCAUAUGGGCAUUCGGGCCCGACAACACUGGUCCUAAUGUCCUCGUCGAUGAUACUUUGCCGUCUGAAGUAAACAAGAGUCUGCUUUCAUCCAUAAAAGACUCCGUCGUUCAAGGGUUUCAGUGGGCUACUCGCGAAGGCCCACUCUGUGAAGAACCUAUCCGUAACGUAAAGUUUAAAAUCUUGGAUGCCGUCGUCGCCGAUGAAGCGAUACAUCGUGGAGGUGGUCAGGUCAUUCCUACUGCCAGACGAGUCGCGUAUUCUGCUUUCCUUAUGGGUUUGACUGAAGAUGUCAGCAUCAAUAAAUUUUUCGACGACCCUAUGCUGCUCGAAUUGGCAAAGCAGGACGUUAUGUUUUCAUAUCCUAUGUAG